ACAAAUUCGAUUUAUGUUAUUUAAGUCCUGACAAAAUUUGAUUUAGUUUGAAAGUGAAACACAGAUAGCAGAGUUAAGGAAGUUGUUAACCGUUUGUGGCGCUUUUGAAAUUAUAGCAAUUUCAAUUUUGUUUUACCUUUUUUCUAUAAAUUCAAUGACACAUAUUAUUUUAUAUCAAACUCUGUAUGAAUGAAGACUUUUACCAAAUCUGUGUACUAGUAGCUAAUACAGCUUUCAUGUUACAAUAAAGGGUAUAGAUUUUUAACUGAUGUAUACGGUGUUUAUAAACUAUUCGUAUCAGGACACGGCCAAAGGGAUGUAACUGCUUUUUUCAGUUAGCUUUUUUCUAUCACCUUUUCUCAGUUCUUCAUUUUUCAAAUUGCAUACUUGAAUGAAACGUGAUAUGCGACAAUUUGCCAAGACAAAAGAAGUUAACGCUUCUAUAGAGCUCUACCAAUCGAUAGUAAGGUUAAAUAAAUAAUAUGGAAAAAAACAAUGGUAUUUAAAUACAAAGUGAAAUUGAUAGCUUUGAUCAUGUCCGUCGUAUAUGUGUGUAAAUGUGUUACUCGUGUGUAAUUACAACAUCAUAACUUAAAAGACUGUGUGUUUGUUUGUUUUUUUAUCUGAUUACACCUGAAGUACACAUUUUGUUUUAUUGCGCUAUUUAAAUUUCAUUAUGCAUCAUCAAAUGGAUGAAUUGCAGUGGAGCAUAGAAACAUUUUUCUAUUACUUAGUUACCGAUAAAUUCAUGAUGAUUCCUAAAAUAAUGGACCUUGUCAGCAGAGAGUACAUUAAAAUGAUUCAAAGGCUAACGUCUGAUGAGAAAAGGAAUCUGUUUACCAUAGAAGCCGUGUUGAAUGAUGCCCAUCAACAAAACUGGCGACAGGCUAAACGAAAUCUUGAUGGAGCUAGACUACAAUACCAGUAUAUCAUUCUACCCUACUGGACGGAAGAGAAAGAACAACAUGAUCGGCUACAAGAUCUUCAACUGAGAGCUAAGGCUCAAAUUCAUCAGCACCACUCUAAGAAAAGAAAAAGUAAAACAUCGAAAACUGCAACAAAGGAAACGGAAAGGACAGAUUCUAAUAAGAAAUUAUCAAUGAAGCAAAGAUUAUUCUCUAAAAGCAGGGCUAGUGGUUCAGAGACUGUUGAUGAAAAUAGUAUGAAGAAAAACUCAAACGAAAAUGGAUAUGUGACAAGUAGAACUGAAAAUAUUGUAUUACCCAGCAUUAAACAAGAAAAUCAGAAAGUUUCCCAAAAGCCAGUCAAAGAAAGUGAUGUAUUGUGCACAAGGCAGUCAAAGAGACAGCAGUCAGUAAGACAGCGUGUGCUUGCUGGCAGUAAAACAAGCGACGAGGCUGAUACAAUAAGCACAAGACAGUCUUUACUUAGUGGUGUUCUGGAGAUAGGGACAACUGGUCAAGAUAUUUCUUACAUAAAUGACAGUCAAAAAAUGAAAGCUGAGAGCCCCGAUGAACCUGAUCAUUCAGACACUAUAGCAGAAAAAAUUGCCGAAGCUUUUAACGAAGUAUAUGAAUGUGAGUGGCAGGAUGCAUUUAAAGAAAUAAAGAAGUUGCAAGCAGGAAAGCAAAGUCCAAUGAAGGACAGGGAUAUAAUAAAGUGUUUGAGAGAAAUAGUUUUGAAAACGUACUCAUUUUGUACAGAGGAAUCAACAAAACAGGUUACACUGAUGGAACAGGCAUGUGUUUGCAUCAUGACCACGGGGGAACUAAAGGGCGCCCAAGAUUUCAAGUUGGUGGAUUCAGAAUAUAAGGAAUUUAUCUUCGAAUAUAGAAAACAUAUGGCUGAUGUUUCUAUAUUUCGUGUUCAAAAUAUAUUUGUGUUCAAUUACCUGGACAAAAUCUUAGAUAAGUACAGUUUAAAGAGAGCCAGCAAAUCAGCUUUAUCGGCGUACACAAAGAAAUGUGUGGAAUUGUCUUGGUGGAUGGUCGUUCAAUGUCCACCAAUCUAUUUGUUGCCUGGUGAUGAAGACGGCUUAUUUGACAACAAAAUUUACAAGCAUUACAAAAAAGGAGGAAAAUUCAAAAUAAUCGAGUUUAUAGUAUGGCCUGCGCUAUUUACUAAAGAGGGUGGACCUGUUUUGUCUAAAGGCAUUGCACAAGGAUAAAAUUCCACAAACAGCUCUACCCUUUUGACGGAAACCCAAAAGCAAUUACUGUGAAAUCAUUUAAAUUCGCUGGCAUGAAAUUUCGCGCAAACGUGGAAAAGGACUGUUUCGCGCGGGCUUUAAUUCGCGCAUUUUCAAUUUUAGAAAUGAAAAAAUAAAAUAAAAAAAUAAUAAUAGCGCGGUCUUAAAUUCGCGCAUCGGUCCAUGCGCGAAAUACGCGAAAAUUCGUCCUACGCGAAUAAAAAUAAUUUGCAGAUCUGUCUCCGUACAAGUUCACAUAUUCUUGUCUAUGAUUUUAUCUAUCCUUGUUACAAUCACAUCUUCUCAUCUUAUUAUUGUAUGAAAUGCAUGUUUCAUCCGUCGGCCUAUCCUUAAGGUGAAUGUCAGGAGGGGUCAAAAGAAUCUUGAAACAGUAUGCUGUCCUGCCUGGGUCAUAUCAUUGUAUUCUCUUAUUCUGAUUUUACUUUAACUAGUCACAAAUACUUCCCACAGUACAGUUGUGUACACUCAGUUCCAAAAGAAAGUGUGCACUUAGUUUUCAAUUAUGUUUUCUCGGUAAUUUUCAUGAAAACUUAUAAUGUUUGGUACCAAAGUUUAAAUCAGUUCGUAAACAAAUUGGUGUGCAUUUUAGAUUUUGAGUUAUACCUGAGAGUUAGUGUGUGAAAAAAUGAAACAAAAACGUCGGGGAGUUUUCUGAAAUAUUUAAACUUAAAAAGUGCACACUUUCUUUUGGAACUGAGUAUAUGUUGUGCAGAAUCUGUCGUUGAGUAGUCAAAGUCAAAGUCAAUAGGGGUCAAGAGGGCCUCAUAAAACCAGUUUAUUGGGUCAUAUUUUUGUCGACAUCAGUAUUUAAUUAUUAUUCGUGCGAUUCACGUUAUACAGCUUCCUUUACUUUAACUUUGCAGAAGAACAGCAACAUCGCAGUGUCUGUUAUUGUCAAUAUCAUUAUGUCAAACGUGUCACAGAUAUUCGCUUCCUACUCGGCCAGAUUUUGUUAUCCGCAUUAUGCACGCAUCUUCGGCCAGUGACAGUGGUUAAAAGGUUAUUGAAUAUUACAUGCUCUUUCUUCUGACGAAAUUGCGACAUUUGGAGAACAGUAUCAGUACUUCUGUCUUCAAGGACAAUGUCAGAGGCGGUCUAAAUGGUCACAGAUACUUCACUAUAACCUCUACGCAGGCUUUGAUUUUCAUUUUCAUACUGGUUUAGGAAAUAGUGUAGUCGUUGUCUGGACGCUCCGGAACAUAUAUCAUUGUCUUUGGUGAAGCAAAUCCUCCCAUCGUUUUCGUACCUAAAAUUAUUAACAUGAUGUGUGCAUGAAAUUAGCCGUACUGACAACAUACUUACUGAAAUCAGACGCACAGCAACAGAUGGUCUGACUAGGGCACUGACAACUGACGUACUGACAACAAACGUACUGAUACCAGGCGUAGUGACAACAAACAUUCUGAAAACAAACGUACUGACAACAAACGUACUGACACCAGGCGUACUGGCAACAAGCAUUCUGAAAACAGACGUACUGACAACAAGCAUUCUGGAAACAAACAUACUGACAACAAACGUACUGACACCAGGCGUACUGGCAACAAGCAUUCUGAAAACAGACGUACUGACAACAAGCAUUCUGGAAACAAACAUACUGACAACAAACGUACUGACACCAGGCGUAGUGGCAACAAGCAUUCUGAAAACAGACGUACUGAAGACAAGCAUUCUGAAAACAGACGUACUGACAAAUGCACUGACAACAGACUUACUGACAAGUGUUCUGAUAACAGAAGUACCAACAGUAGCCAUGCUAAAAAAAGAUGUAAUGAAAACAUGCCUACUGACAACUUUUUUCAUGACAUCAGACUAGUUACAACAUACUUAAUGAAAACAGGUUACUGACAUCAGACUACUGACAAGAAGCGUACUGACAAUAGACGUACAGAAGAACAGAUGCACUGAUAACAGGCGUGCUGACCACAGACUACUGACAACAGAUGUAAUGGAAACAGAUGUAUUGAUAACAGCCGUUCUAGCAACAGACUUCUGACAACAGAUGUGUUGAUUACAGACGUAUUAACAGACGUACUGAUAAUAGGUGUAUCGGAAUCAUUGUACUGACAACAGAUGUACUGACAACGAUGAAAAUGGUUUGACCCUAGAAUAAAAUCCCGAUUGCAUAGUGCGAUUGAAACACUUAUCUGUUUUACAUUUUCUGUAGUAUAUUAUUUGAGAUUAUUUGACGUUCUGUCUGUUAAUCUUAAAUGCAACAGGAAUGAUAUGACAGUUCAAAUAAAUUCAUAUUCGUUUCUCUAGCAAACCUAUGUGUUUUUCUCUUAUUUUUUGUUUUUUAAUUAUUUAUUCGUUAAAUCUUUUUUCUUCUUUUUUUGUUAUUAAUUAUAUAACAGAAUAUACACAAGAAUGAAUAAAAUCAUUGUCCAAAAUCUGGCUCAUCUACGUACCUUAAGUCCUUUUACUAAUGGCUGUGACUAAAUACAGAGUUGGUGCACCUGUGAUAUAUUACAGACUCCGGUAUAUACCGGAUUAACUAAAUUUGAAAGAAAAUAUCUUAAAUGUAUAUAUUUUGUAACCAUGGUGAUACUAACCCUAACCUCUAGUCAGUAUAUUAUGCAUUUGAUACACUAAAUGCGUGCGGACAUGCAAAAAAAUGUGUAAUUUUGCCGUGCGCUCCAAUGGAUAAUAAUUCCGCGCCUGCGCAGAACGGCUGCACCAACUCUGCAAUGAGAAACAUUCUUUACUAAUUAAGGUAGCAGAUGGCGGUUUUUUCUAGUACUUCGGACUUCCGAGCGAUGUGGCCAAGUCAGACGGCUUCCGAUAUCUUACGAGAUGCAGAC